AGACUUGUAACUAAAAGUGUAAAUUCGUUACAUAAGGUACUUACGUACUGUAAGUACUUUACUAAGCAGAACCUAUCUUGUGGUACAUUAGAAUACAUUAUAUACGUAUAUACAAUACACCGUUCAUACGUAAAGGAUGUACUCUAAAACCGAGAAUGGAUAUUACAACCUCGACGGCGACGAUUCUCCCUUCUUCAGCCGAAUUUACGAGACUUUCUUCUCCGACGUCCCCAAAAUUCAAAUCCAAAACCAUGAUAAAGUAAAAUUCAAUCACCAACAACCUCCCACUCUCAAACGCGAACAAGAAGACAGUUGGCUUUCCCAGCUCCCUCCCCACCCCGCUUUCAUUCCCGAGACCACGAGCCCACGAAGUUGUGUGCGACCAACGAAUGAUUUUCUCCGCGUCCCGGGAUCCCAGGUGAAAAGGCACAAGCCGCUGUCUCACGACUCAAGAGAUCAAAGGCCCUUGGAAACGAUUCCCGAACCUCCCAUGGAUGCCUCUAGUGUUUUCCGCCAAGUCCAAGGCUUUGGGGCGUACAACCCGAGACCGCCGCAAGGCCCCCAGCAGAAGAAGACUGUUAAAGUGGAAGAUCACGGCGACAACGACGGUGAAAACUCUCACCGAAUAGCCCACACACUUACGGCUUGCUGCCGAUGCCGCCAGGUGAGUACCUGUCCUGCGAGCUCUAGUGGAAGGAUAUUUGCCUGACUUAAUUCAAUUAUUAGAGGAAAACACGUUGCGAUCCCACACUGCCUCGCUGCCUACCAUGCGAGCGGUCAGGCUCCACCUGCGAAUACUUCGAUACGGCAAAGAACAAGAGAAUUAGUCGGUAUUAUGUUGUCAAGCUCCAGGAAAAGG